AUGGAUCCAGUAACUGGAUUCAUCAGUACAAUCAGUCCAGGACCGCUCAUGGGACUAAUUUUGACACGUGGACUGCCAGUUAUAUCAAGCGUGAUGGCAAUGUUAGCUCAGCGAAAAGAAGGAAAGGCCGCAGCGCAAAAGGAGAUGACGUACAAGGAAAUACAGGAGGCCAUACCCAAGCUUCUUGAGAUUAUUGAACAGAAAGACAUUCGGCUCGUCACCAACACGUUCAACUCCACACCGGAAUUCAUUGCAUACUUCCAAGCCGCCGCCAUUGGCCCUGUGCCACUCGCGAUUUCAAACAUAGCGAGGGUUCAAGGCUGGGCUGACGAUGGCUUCGGGACAUACGUUCACCGAUUUGUUCGGAACGAAAUGGCCCCGGCUGAGGGGCGUACAAAGGGAGAAAGUCACUUCUUCUAUGUCUGGAACCCUGAUAGCGAUUGGUAUCCAGACUUCGAAGGAAGGCAGAGAGAGGAUCCUCUUGGUCCCAACUUCGGUGGCUAUCAUCACGACCUAGCCACGAUUUGUGUCAGAAUGAGAGCGGACAGACGAGCACUAAUUGCAACCACUGAGGACAACAACAAUGUCGUGUUUCAUCUCAUUAUUCCGACUUACUAUCCAAUUGUGGUAGACACGCCUAUCAUCUUCGCUGCAGAGCUAUUUCCGCUCACCAUUAUCGGAAGCCGACAUCGAGGCACGGACCUCGUCUGGUUCAACCUCACCGGGCGGUCAAGAUUUCCGAGCCCACAACUCGAAUUCAUUGGUGUAUUGCCUUUGGAGAAGAAUAAUGUGAGUGCAGGCGCCGUUGUAACCUUUCUGGGUUGUUGGCUCGGCUGUGCAGCUUCUGGGAUUGCAGCAGUCGCAUUUCCCCCUUGCGCCCCUGCUGCAGACGCCGUUUUUGUCUCAUGCUGGACCACCGGGAUGGCAUCAGGGAUGGUGGACGCCGUAGCGCAAGAAUAUGGAAGGAGAGGGAGGAAAGAAGUGCAGGUUCUGGGAGAUGCGCUUUUCCUGAAUUAG